AUGCAACUUGUCGAGCAUUAUCCAAGCAGUGCCGACUUCUUGAAUACGACGAACGUAUCUUUCGAGACAUCCUUUGGAUCAGAGGAGAGCAUUCAAGCACCAGAAGACAUCCUCUCCCAAUUCUACGAGCACUCACUUGCCGUCUACGAUGAGAUCCCUUCGUCACAGUUAGUUCCCAGCUCCAACGAAGGUGACACCUCCUUCGCCAGCGACGAAUCGUACUCUCGCUAUAGCGGUGAGGCCACUACCAGCUUCAUCCGGCCUCCUUUGGGUAACCACGGAGGAGAGCAUCUCAGCGACCUGGAGGACAUCCCCAAUGCCGCAUACUUGAAAAGCAUCGAGCCAGCAACCAUGACUGUUAAUCUCAUCGUAGGCAUCAUCUCGAUCGCAGCUCCCCGUACGGUCAAGACACGAUGGGGCUCGACCAAGACGCUCGUUGAAGUUCUGGUCGGCGACGAGACCAAGUCUGGCUUCUCAGUCACCUUCUGGCUGCCCUCCGAAUCGGUGGCUCAAAGCGUGCUGGCUGGACUUCGCACACAGGAUGUGGUCUUAAUGCAGAAUGUCGCCUUGAAUGUAUUCAUGAAGAAGGUUUACGGGCAUAGUCUUCGCAAGGAUAUGACAAAAGUGAAUUUGCUUUAUCGGAAGAAGCUCGAUUCGAAAGACAUUGCGGGCCACUAUUCGACAUCUGAUAUGCAGUCGUCAAAGCGUGCCCAUCCCCAACUAGUAAAGACGCAAAAAGUUAGAGAAUGGGUCCUUAGGUUUGUCGGAAUUGAGAGUGCUCCGCAACAGAAAACUUCACGAUUGCGGGCUUGGGACAGGCCGCCAGACGAUACUCAGUAA